AAAACAAAAUCAGUCGUCAUUUUUCUAAAUACUUUUUUCAACCUACUACAAAAAGUGCAAUCAAGAAAUUUUAUUAUAAAAAGGAAACAAGAAAACCUCAUUAAAUAAUUGAAAUUUCAAUAAUCAGAGUUAAAUAAAAACUAAACAAUACAAAAUACCUUAACACCCACAAAAUUACAUAAACAAAUUCGUUAAAAAGAAACAAAAACUAUUCCGUGAAAAUCGUGAUUGGAUUUUAUUUCUAUUUUCAUUUAUUUUUUCAUAACCCUACUAAAAAAUUUUUUACUUGAAGUGAUUUAAAUAAAAAAAAAGUAUAAAAGUAGAGUACUCUUAAAUUUAUAAGAAUUAAUAAGAAGUGGCAAUUAAAAUGCACACAUUUAGCGAAACAGGAGCCGGAGUUCCUGCCUUUUUGGCUAAACUUUGGAGACUCGUCGAAGAUCCUGAGACAAAUAAUUUAAUUUGUUGGAGCAAGGAUGGUCGAAGUUUCAUAAUUCAAAAUCAAGCUCAAUUUGCUCGCGAAUUACUUCCUCUUAAUUAUAAACACAACAAUAUGGCAAGCUUCAUUCGACAACUUAAUAUGUAUGGUUUUCAUAAAAUAACCUCAAUUGACAAUGGUGGUCUUAAAUUCGAUCGUGACGACAUGGAAUUCUCUCAUCCUUGUUUCAAGCGUAAUUCCCCAUACCUCUUGGAGCAUAUUAAGCGAAAAAUUGCCAAUACUAAAACAAUUGAUGAAAAGGCAACUGUUAAACCGGAAGCAGUAAGCAAGGUAUUGAAUGAUGUUAAGGCAAUGCGUGGACGUCAAGAUUCAUUGGAUUCAAGAUUUUCUGUAAUGAAACAAGAAAACGAAGCUCUUUGGCGUGAAAUUGCAUCUCUUCGACAAAAACAUGCUAAACAACAGCAAAUUGUCAACAAGCUUAUUCAAUUUCUAAUAACAAUUGUUCAACCAUCGAGAAACAUGACAAGCGUCAAACGUCAUAUGCAACUAAUGAUCAACGAUACUCCAGAACAAGCUAAGCUACGAAAAGCAAGCGAAUCUGGAUCAGAAUGUGGACCCGUAAUUCAUGAACUUGGUGAAGAGCUUUUUGAUGAAGCAAAUGCAGACAAUGAUUCUGAUUUAGAUGCCCCCAUGAGCCCUUAUGGAAAUAUGCCAUCAGUUAGUUCCAGUAAUCAUGAAAAUGACAGUCCUAUACCAAAAGUUGAACGUCCUCAAUCUAAUGGUAGCGUCAACAGCCAGCUAUUUGACUUCUCGAACCAAAGUGCAGAAGACGCUCUGAUGGCACAGGGAAACAUAACACCAGGACGAUCGGGAGCUGUUAUAAAUACCGUCAACCCAGACGGAUCUCAAAUUGUUUAUCACGUUACUGAAGUAGCCGAUAGUGCACCACAGACUCCUGAGAUGACUGCUAUAAACGAUGAAAAUCACGUCACUACACCCAUGGUAAAGGAAAUGACACGCAAUCGAAUGCUACAAGUAAAGGCAAAAACAAAUAAGCGCAAGAUUGGAGCUGUUUCAUCAACUGUUACGACUUCCUCCUCCUCGAAAUCCUCAAGUCCCGCAACAAAAAUGUUACGUUCCUCUGCAAAUGAAAUUGCUCAACAACAAAUCAAAACAGAAAAAGCUGAGAUCAAUCCAAUGACGUUCUGGAAUGCUAACUUUGCAUUACAAGGCAAUGAUAACACAGUAGCAGGAGAAGUUCUUUCAACCCCUAGCAGCAGCAAUAUUAAUAUGAAUGUUACUAUCGAUCCUCGACUAAUGUCACCUUUGAACGAUCAAAAUUUGGAAGCUGCAAAAGUUGGAAAUGAUUCUACAGACAUGUACAAUGCUGAUAACUUUAUUGAAUCAGAUAUGCCAUCUCAACUUUUUGAAGAAUCGCCCUUAAUUGAUGAUAGAAAUCUUGUUAGUGGAGACAACACCUUUAACGGAAAAUUUGAUCUAGCUCAAAAUCCCUCUUCAUCUGGUGAACAGCAAAAGCAAUUACAAUCUCUUGGCAAAUUUGCCGAUUAUGACAACGGAGCACUUUCAUCGUCAUCAAAAAACAGUUCGGAACUUCAGUUAUCUAAAGUGAACAAUAGCAACAACUUUCUUAACAGCAAUGAUAUGCGUGAGGAAGUCAGCAUGCACUUGGAUAGUGUUCAGGACGAUUUGGAUACUCUCAAAGAUUUACUACGCACCGAUUCAUAUUCAUUGGACGCAAAUACUUUGUUAGGAAAUGGAUCACCUUCAUCUGGUCGAAUUUAUUUACCUCCUCAACUGGAAGCCGAUAUUUUUAAUAAGCUCUUUAACGAUUCUGACAUUUUGGGACCAUAUGGACUAGGAUUGGUACCUGAGAACAAUCAACAAGACAAAAAAGGAUCUGAACUUAUGACCUACCAGCCAAUUUACGAUCUAAGCGAUAUAAUGGAAAUAAAUAGAAGUAACGACGACGAAAAUUCCAACGGACACAACACUCCAAAGCACAUAUCACCACCGGAUUCAGUACUUAAUACACCGCAUCAUGAAUGAGUACAAGUCUUGAUACUCAGUAUAAUGUAUUGUAUUGAUUGGUGAUUUCGAAUGUAAGGCGCCCGGUGCGAAUUUUCUUGAGUUUUACAACAAAAAUAAGGAAUAAUUUAAUUUAUAAGAACUCUCUUUCGAAUGGCAUAGACGAGGAAUUCUUUGUUGUCUUUUUUUUUAAGUUUUUUUUUUACAUAAUAUAAAUUAUUAUUCUCUAACUAAAAACAAAUCACACAAACAAAAAAAUAAUCACGACUGAUUGACUUAGUCUUAAAUUAUUCACUGACAUUUUGAAUAAAACAAAAUUGAAUAAACAAAAAUAGAAGGAGAAUAAUACAAUUUAUAUUUAUUUUUAAUACUAGUAUGUUGCGUAUGGUUAUCGAGUUUAUUAAUAUACAAAAAAUAUAAUAUUCAAAUUGUUAAGUUUUAAUUUCUUAUUUAACAAAAAAAAAAAACAAUACAAAAUUUCUUUUUAUGAAACUUUAUUUUUUACCAUUCAAUCAAAAGAAAACUGAAAAAUGUUGCAAUUGCAUAGAAUGAUUGCCACAGAACAAGUAUGGUUUAGUAUAGUAUAUCAGCCAAGUCUUUUGGGAUAAGUAAAUUCAGAAUUUUAUCUACACAUUGUGAAAAGCUACAUACAAAUAAAAAUAAAUUACUUGUUAAGGGAUUCAAAAGAACGAAAACCACUAUUAUUCUAUCCGACAAUAGGCAACUUCACCUUAGUUGUCUUGUAGAAGUUUUUUUUUUUUGCUGAAGCUACUAUGUUGGAGUGCAGGAAAUCUUUAAGACAGCAUUAAGAUAGGAUAAAGCUGCAGGUGGCCGUUUAUGAAGAAGAUAUAUGUACAUAUUUAACAAAAACUAGCGACGUCCUACGAAAAAGAAGCUUCGGUUGAAAAUCUUCUACACUAAAUCAGUUCUUAUUACCGAAAUUGGUGCCGUAUAAUAGGAAGCGAUUUUUUCAUACAAAUUGAUCCGAACCACAAACAUCACUCGUCUUCCAGUCAGCUUGAUUUUGAGCUAACUGCUUGCACUUUCGCAUACAACGCCCUGUACUACUCCAUUUUUAGGUUUUACAUUAAGAUAUGUAACCAGAUUUUUCAAUAAAUAUUCAUGCAUAUGUACAUACUUUAUCUUUUAUAAAUCACAGGUAUUUACUGUGAUCAUGUGAGCAACUUUAAUACCAAUUAACAUUUAAAAUUAAGAUUGAAAUCAACUCAAAUACUUUAAUAUACAUACACAAUUUUAAUAUAUGCAAGUAUCUUUAAUCCAAACCUCAUCCGAAAAUUUCCUAAAGUUGGCCUUUAUAUAUUUUUAAGAUCUCCAAACGGUGAUUUCGUUUUUGCUCUCAAAACUUAAAGAGUUGAAUUUUUAUGAGUGGAAUUCUCCUACCGUAAAUCUGACUGAAAAAAUUGUCUAGAAUCUUAGAAAUAUGAUCUGGCCCAACAUUUUAAAAUAGAGUUUUCAAACUAUAAAGUUUUUGUGUGCAGUUCCCAAUUCAUACGAUUGAUACAGCACUUCAAAAUCAGAUGGGAUUACAUUUUAAAAAAAUAAUGUAUGAAGUCAUUCUUUACUUUUCACGGUUGAAAUAUAUAAGUACUACGACUUAAAAAAAUAUUCUAAUUAUGAUUUUGAGAGAAGCGGAAGUUAUAAAUUAAAUUUCAACACAACCAACAUUAUGCGACAGUUUAACCAAGCUUGAGGAAAAUUUAAACACAUUUUUAGACGCUAACGUUAGUUUCUUAUUACAAUUCAUAAAUACGUCAAUUUUAUUACACACACAUUUUAUAUAAACUUAAGAGUAACCAAUAACCAAUUAACUUUAUUAGUUUCUUGUUCCUUAAGACCUGGCUGAAAUUCUGAUUCGUUAACUAUCAAAAACCAGAGAAUACCUAUUUUAUAUAUAAAUUAUGGCCUUAUUACAGCUUUCCUUGGCUGAAAUUUGUACUACGAACAGUAACAAACAAAUGUCACAGCUUUUGUUCAAACAAAAAUAUUUAUUUAUCAAAAAUGUAUAAAGUUGGUAAAAAGUGGCAUCUAUAGUUUCGAAGUUGGUUUUCGUAUUCAGGCCGGCUAUUCACGACACAAUAAAACUGCUCAUAUUUGGACUUAAGCAGUUAACUCUUUUCGGGGCACUACUAGAAACAAAUUAAGCGACAUUUUUGUAAAAUAACUUUAUCUAAGUUUUAUUAUUAUAAAUAUUAUCUCUCUCACUCAAAACAUAUUUUUUUCUUGUAGACAUUGGUUUCACUUUGAAUAGAAACGAGGUAUUUAGUUUAUACCAUUAAACAUUAAAGCAUAACAAAGUUAUAAAAUAUGUGGUACGGUUUUCAUACUAUCGAUGGUGUUGAUCCUUGAUCAAGUCAUUUUGUGUCGUGAAUGGCCGGCCUUAGGAUACGACUUAAGUUGUUAUAUAUUUUUGUUUAUCAUUCGGAGUGCGAAUCUUCUUCGACUUGUGAUAAGGUCGAAUAUUUUAGUUAUUUAGAGGUAAAAUCAAAGGAACAAAAAUGAAAUAAUUGUGAAAUUUUCAAAACUAAUGGAAGGCAUGUUUAAAUUUAGAGGCCUUUUAACCUGAUUGAUUCAACUAAUUUCAAUAAUGUCAAUGAUAACACUAGAUUACAAGUAGAUGGUUUAGUUCAAUCUUUUUUUAAUUAAAUACCAUAUCAACAAAACUUGUUUUUUAAUGAAGAGACUUUUGUUAAAGGCUGUAAAAAAUGCAUGCAAGUCCUAAGGGUGUCACAUACUUUUGUUUGAGUUAUUGUGUGCAUAUAAAAGGUUAAAAUAAGUAAAAGUAAAUGACUAUAAGUUUAUCCCGGUACAUAAUUACUCAAAAUAUUGGUAAAGAUUGAUACAACUUUUUACUAAAUCCAAAAGUUUUGAGAAGUUGUGCACAAAAAAUAACAUAAGAUAAAAAUUGGACGACUUUUUCCAAAGUUAUACAUCAAAACUAACGUUUUGUAUUUUGGCCAAAUGAAUAUUUUUUUCCAUCGAACAUAAUCUAGAACAAAUAGUAAAAAUUUGAAGUAGUCAAUGAAUUCUCGAAAUGUAAACAAGUGUUUUCAGUGGUUUAAAAUUAAGUUUGAAGAAUAAGUUUUUUUUUUUUGGAAAUGUAAAAUUUCAUAAGGCCAAUAAAAUUAUUUAAAAAACACCGAAGAAAAUAAACCAUCGUUUUGUAAACUAGUGCAUAAGUAUAUUUAAAUAUUUUAAGUUACAUUCGAUGAAAAUCAAAAGUAGAAUUAAAAAUUCUAUUAUUAAAUUGUUUUUUUUUUUCAAUUUUAAUGUCAUGUCAAAAUUAAAAAUUCUUUUAUUUUUAUAUAUAUACAUGCGUAGGUACAUACAUCAUAUUCAAACAAAAAAAAUUAAAACUAUAGUUUAAUAAGAACAAACUAAAUUUUUAAAAUUGUUUGUACGAAAGUUUCACUGAACAAAAACAUCUCCCAAAAACAAGGAAACAAGAUUGUAAUACAUAUUUUACUAAAGUAUAUAAUGCGUAAAUAUACAAAUAAAAUAUAACCCAAAAAACUA